AUGGACCCUGGGCCUGUGGGAGAAAGUGAUGAAAAUGCCAAAAGACUGACGUGGCAGCAGCAGCUUGCUGACGCCGCCUGUCGUCUGUCCAGUGUCACGUCCGAGUGUGUGCAGGUGGAUGAGGGUCUGAGCUGCCAUGUGGAGAGAAUUAAAUGCUUUGGAUGUAAAGAUGUCCAUGUGAUUCCCAUUGAAGUGUCAGUUACAGGCAAGGAGAGCUUCACACGCCAGGCUAUGGAGGAGCUGCCAAAAAGCCCCGGUGUAGUAGCUACACAGAAAUAUAAUAGCUUGUCACCUCCCGUCAAUGUGACCAUCAAAGCAGUGAAAGCCAACUCUGCUGUGGUGACAUGGGACAUCCCCGAGGGAGACCCCGUCAUCGGCUUUGCUAUCACACAGCAGAAGAAAGACGUGCGCAUGCUGCGAUUCAUCCAGGAAGUCAACACCACCACGCGCUCCUGUGCAUUAUGGGACUUGGAGGAGGAGACAGACUACAUUGUGCAUGUCGCGUCCAUCAGCAUGUCUGGGACGAGCCCGCUGAGCGAACCCCUGCGCUUCCGAACGCCGAAGGAGGCCGAGACUCAGGCCUCUAAGAGUAAAGACGAAGUGACGAUGGAGGAAGUGGGCCAGACCACCCAGCUGAGGGCAGGGGAGCUCAUCAUCAUUGUGGUGGUACUGAUCAUGUGGGCAGGUGUGAUCGCUCUCUUCUGCCGCCAGUAUGACAUAAUCAAAGACAACGAGCCAAACAACAACAAGGACAAAGCCAAAAACUCCUCAGAGUGCAGUACUCCUGAACACCCAACAGGGGGGCUGUUGCGCAGUAAGUUCCCCCAGAACAACAACAACAAUAGGAUGCCAUCUGUCAACAUCAUUGAGGUGUGA